CGGCCCUUCCAUCCGCCCGCCGCUCCCCGCCGUCCCCCGCCGCCCUCCUGCCCGUCCUGCUCCUGCUCCUGGCCGGCCCGCUCGGCGGGGCCCGCGCUUUGACAUGUCUGUGCUCUGACUGCAAACAAGCCAACUCCACGUGUGAGACGGACGGCGCCUGCAUGGUCUCAGUGUUCAACCUGGACGGUGUCAAACACCACGUUCGGACCUGCAUCCCUGAGGCAAAACUGAUUCCUGCUGGGAAACCCUUCUACUGUCUGAGUUCAGAGGAUCUGCGUAAUACUCACUGCUGCUACUCUGAUUUUUGUAACAAAAUUGAUUUAAUGGUUCCCAGUGGACACCUGAAAGACAACGAGCCCCCAUCGAGCUGGGGCCCGGUGGAGCUGGUGGCAGUGAUCGCCGGGCCCGUGUUCCUCGUGUUUGUCGUCAUGAUCAUCGUGGUCUUCGUGUUCCACCACCACCAACGGGUCUAUCACAACCGCCAGAGGCUGGACAUGGAGGAUCCUUCUUGUGAAAUGUGCCUUUCCAAGGACAAGACCUUGCAAGAUCUGGUCUAUGAUCUCUCCACCUCCGGCUCUGGCUCAGGCUUGCCUCUGUUUGUGCAGCGGACGGUGGCUCGGACCAUUGUCCUUCAGGAGAUCAUUGGCAAAGGCCGCUUUGGGGAGGUGUGGAGGGGCAGGUGGCGUGGGGGUGACGUGGCUGUGAAGAUCUUCUCGUCACGUGAGGAACGUUCCUGGUUCAGGGAGGCAGAGAUCUACCAAACAGUGAUGCUGAGGCACGAGAACAUCCUGGGAUUCAUUGCUGCAGAUAACAAAGAUAACGGGACAUGGACUCAGCUGUGGCUGGUCUCUGACUACCACGAGCACGGCUCUCUCUUCGAUUACCUGAACCGCUACACGGUCACCAUCGAGGGCAUGAUCAAGCUGGCCCUGUCUGCUGCCAGCGGGCUGGCCCACCUGCACAUGGAGAUUGUGGGCACUCAGGGAAAACCUGGGAUUGCUCACAGAGACCUGAAGUCCAAGAAUAUUUUGGUGAAGAAGAACGGCACGUGCGCCAUCGCUGACCUCGGCCUGGCCGUGCGGCACGACUCCGUCACCGACACCAUCGACAUCGCCCCCAACCAAAGGGUUGGAACCAAACGAUACAUGGCCCCAGAAGUCUUGGAUGAAACCAUCAACAUGAAACAUUUUGAUUCAUUUAAAUGUGCUGAUAUCUACGCCUUGGGCUUGGUCUACUGGGAGAUUGCCCGGAGGUGCAAUGCAGGAGGUAUCCAUGAGGAGUAUCAGCUUCCCUACUAUGACCUUGUACCCUCUGAUCCUUCCAUUGAGGAGAUGAGGAAGGUUGUGUGUGACCAGAAGUUGCGGCCAAACAUCCCAAACUGGUGGCAGAGCUAUGAGGCACUACGAGUGAUGGGCAAGAUGAUGCGGGAGUGCUGGUACGCCAACGGAGCCGCUCGGCUCACUGCCCUCCGCAUCAAGAAAACCCUCUCCCAGCUCAGUGUCCAGGAAGAUGUGAAAAUUUAGGCUCUGAGCCUCAACAGGAGGAAACUGCACAGGAGCUGCUGUGCUAGAGUAGACAUGUGAUGGAGGCCUACCUCGUGUUUCAGCCCAACCUACUGCUACAACCAGACAGCGGGACCUGCAGGCUGCUAGGCAGGGGGACGGAGCCUACGGAACCGCUCUCUUCCCUGCUUGGGUAUGAAACAAUCCAAAACCUUUUUGUGAUCACCUCCUGAGAGCGUGGAGACUUGAAAGGGACUUCACCCGAGGGAUCUCAGCCAUGAUCCUAACUCUUUGUUCCUUGAAAGGAAAUCCCUGUAAAGUUGAGUGUGCGUUGAGCACCCGUUGAUGUGCUCGGUGCCGGGAGCGGGAAGGGAAAGGGAAGGUUUUUCUUGCCGUACUCCCGAGGAUUUUUCCAGGGACUGGCACGUUGAUGCAGAAAAAGCAAAACAAAUGGUGCUCUCUUCCAAGAGGCUGAGCCGGAACAGUUGAUCAGCUUCACAACAACCGUUCUCCCUCCUUUUCUUAAGCUUGAAAAAAAUCCAACCGGGCUCCGCGCCGGGGCCGCCCCGGUGUGUGCAUGCGCGAGGCGCGCGUGUCCCCGUGCCUGGUCAUCUCCUCCAUAGCCGUGCGGUGUCUCUGCCUGUGGGUGGCUCAUCUCUGUCCGUGCUUCCUGUGCAUGUGCAAAUCUCGAGUGUCCCGUUUGUGAGCUGUUUGCUGGUGCUCUCCGUGCUGAGUCGUGAGCCUCGUGGAGCUUGGACAGGCUGCUGCAGAGCGGAUCCCCGGCUCCCCGAUGGGCGCCGCCACAACGUCCCAUCAGGUUGCCUCACUGCCACCCCCCUUUCCCUUUUUUUUAAGAUGAAACAAAUAAGGAACUGAGAAUCACUCCUGGAAUCCAGGUUUUAUUGUCUUGAGCCCCUGAGGUUUGUAAUUCUUGGUAGAUGGGAGUGAGUUGUGUCAGAGGUGGAGCAGGUGCUGUGGGGGAAUGCAGGACUCAGUUCCCAACUCCAGCACCCAGGCAGAUUUCUGGGGACCUGGUGGUGCAGCAGGACAGAGUGGCUGGACAGUGGCCUGGCUGAACAUGAGCCAAGAGGUGGCCAAGAACAUGCCCAGGUAGCCAAGCAGGCCAAUGGCUCCUGGCCUGGAUCAGGAAUGGUGUGGCCAGCAGGAGCAGGGAGAUCUUCCUCUGUACUUUACAUUAGUGAGGCUGCACCCUUCCCUUUUUUUAAGAUGAAACAAUUAAGGAACUGAGAAUCACUCCUGGAAUCCAGGUUUUUUGGUCUUGAGCCCCUGGGGUUUGUAAUUCUGGGUAGAGGGGAGUGAGUUGUGUCAGAGGUGGAGCAGGCGCUGUGGGGGAAUGCAGGACUCAGUUCUCCUGGGAACACAAUUCCCAACACCCAGGGAGAUUUCUGGGGAUCUGAUAGUGCAGCAGGACAGAGUGGCUGCACAGUGGCCUGGCUGAACAUGAGCCAGAACAUGAGCCCAGGUGGCCCUGGAUUAGGAAUGGUGUGGCCAGCAGGACCAAGGAGACCAUUCUUCUUCUUCUGUCCUUGGCACUGGUGAGGUCACAACUUUUCCUUUUUUUUAAGAUGAAACAAAUAAGGAACUGAGAAUCACUCCUGGAAUCCAGGUUUUUUUUUGUCUUGAGCCCCUGGGGUUUGUAAUUCUUGGUAGAUGGGAGUGAGUUGUGUCAGAGGUGGAGCAGGCGCUGUGGGGGAAUGCAGGACUCAGUUCCCAACUCCAGCACCCAGGCAGAUUUCUGGGGACCUGGUGAUGCAGCAGGACAGAGUGGCUGGACAGUGGCCUGGCUGAACAUGAGCCAAGAGGUGGCCAAGAACAUGCCCAGGUAGCCAAGCAGGCCAAUGGCUCCUGGCCUGGAUCAGGAAUGGUGUGGCCAGCAGGAGCAGGGAGAUCUUCCUCUGUACUUUACAUUAGUGAGGCUGCACCCUUCCCUUUUUUUUAAGAUGAAACAAAUAAGGAACUGAGAAUCACUCCUGGAAUCCAGGUUUUUUGGUCUUGAGCCCCUGGGGUUUGUAAUUCUGGGUAGAGGGGAGUUGAGUUGUGUCAGAGGGGGAACAGGCACUGUGGGGACUCAGUUCUCCUGGGAACACAAUUCCCAGUUCCAGCACCCAGACAGAUUUCUGGGGACCUGAUAGUGCAGCAGGAUGGAGUGAACAUGAGCCAGCAGCGUGCCCAGGUGGCCAAGCAGGCCAAAGGCUCCUGGCCUGGAUCAGGAAUGGUGUGGCCAGCAGGAGCAGGGACAUCAUUCUGUCCCUGUACUCGGCACUGCUGAGGUCACCCCUCGAGUGCUGUGUCCAGUUCUGGCCCCUCAGUUUGGGAAGGAUGCAAAGGGGAGGACAAAGAGGCUGGAGAGGGGCUUGAACAACCCCUGUGAGGAGCCCUGAGGGAGUUUGGGGUGCUCAGCCUGGAGAAAAGGAGGCUCAGGGGUGAUUUUAUCCCUGAAGGUGGCUCUGCUCAGGUGGGGUUGGGCUCUGCUCCCACACAGAAGAGGGCACAGCCUUAAGCUGCUCCAGGGGAAGUUUUGGUUGGACAUCUGAAAAAAAUCCUUCACUGAAAGAGUGAUUGAGUGGAAUCACACUGAAAGAGUGGAAUCAUCAGCCCAGGGAGGUGCAGGAGUCCCUGAAUGUGUUUAAAAAUGGCACUCAUGGUUUAGCUGAUGAGGAGGUGUUGGGUUAGGGCAUAGGUUGGACUUGAUGAUCUCCAAGGUCUUUUCCAGCCUGGCUGAUUCUGUGAUCUGAGUUCUGGGGGUUCCUCCCAGCAGGUGUGGGUUGGGAAAUCAACAUCCAUCUUUUUAAUCUAGGUGUAUAAAUAUCUCCUAAUGUGGAAGUGGCUGUGUCUCAGUGUGGGGUGGGGGGAUCUGCAUGGGUUUUCUUUUGAUUCAAGGCCGAAUCCAGGUGGGGGAGAGGUGGGGUGACUACAGAGACUCUGGAAGUGACAAUUGUGGCUGCCCUGAUGACUUUGGCAGUCCAGAAAGAUCUGUGGUGUGGAGGUCAGGUCUGCAGUAGAGAACUCUGAAGCCAUAACUUUUAACUGGAGUGGUUUUGAUUAUUAUUUUUUUAAUUAUUAUUAUUGUUAUUAUUAUUAUUGUUGUUGUUGUUGUUUUCUGGGAGGGUCUGGAUUUUAACUUUUUUGAAUCUUGUUAAUUCUUUCUAAGAGCAGAAAAAAACAAUCUCUAAUUAUUACCUCUUGACCUGUUGGUUUGUAAAGAAAUCACUGCAAAAAAAAACAAAAAAACAAAAAAAAGGAAAAAAAACCAAAUGCACAGCUCGAUUUACACUGGAACUGUUUCUACUCUGACCUUGCUCCUGCUCUCAAAGGUGAGGUUUCAUCUCUGCUCUGGCUGCCAGGGUUGUCUUUAUUUCAGUCCCUGUGUUCUUGCUGUCUGUCCCUGUCCGUGUGUCCCUCUCCCCGAUUCCCUGUGUGUCCAUGACCUUGUACAGAGUGAGGAGUGUGGGUUGGGUGGGUUUGGAAUCAUUUUAGGAGCUGGUUUGCACCCCCCAAAGGAGUUUUUGGCAGCGUGGAUCUGCCCUGGGAGCAGAACUGGGGUUCCCCUGUGUCCCCCCCCAGCUUGUCCUGAGUCACAUCUCAGCCAGAGCUUCCCAUGCACAUCCCUUAAACUUAAACCUGCAUUUAGGACCAAGGGGGCACUUGCAGAACCUAAAUGUCAGUUUAGCCCAGUUAAACCUGGACUUGGAAGCCAAGGGGGUCACUUGCAAGCCCUCAAUGCAGGUUUAGCCCAGUUAAACCUGGACUUGGAAGCCAAGGGGGUCACUUGCAAGUGCUCAGUGCAGGUUUAGCCCAGUUAAACCUGCAUUGGAAGCCCUAGAUGUCAGUUUAACCCAUCUAAACCUGGACUUGGAAGCCAAGGGGGUCACUUGCAAGCCCUCAAUGCAAGUUUAACUCAUUUAAACUUGGACUUGGAAGCCCUAAAUGUCAGUUUAACUCAUCUAAAGCUGGACUUAGAAGUCGAGGGUAUCACUUGCAAGCCCUCAGUGCAGGUUUAGCCCAGUUAAACCUGCACUGGAAGCCCUAAAUGUCAGUUGAACCCAUCUAAAGCUGGACUUAGAAGCCAAGGGGGUCACUUGCAAGCCCCAAAUGCAAGUUUAACUCAUUUAAACCUGGACUUGGAAGCCCUAAAUAUCAGUUGAACCCAUCUAAAGCUGGAUUUAGAAGCCAAGGGGGUCACUUGCAAGCCCCAAAUGCAAGUUUAACUCAUUUAAACCUGCAUUGGAAGCCCUCAAUGCAAGUUUAACCCAUUUAAACCUGGACUUAGAAGCCAAGGGAAUCCCUUGCAAGCCCAAAACUCAGUUAAACCUCAGUUUAACCCAUCUAAAGCUGGAUUUAGAAGCCGAGGGGUCCCUGCAGGCUGCUGGAACAGGCCCGGGGCUGGGAGCUGGGGCAGGCAGGAGGGGCCAGGGCACAGCUCAAGCUCCCCUUGGCUCCCCCAUCCCUCUUCCCACAGCUCUGAAACUCGCACUGAACUCGCCCCCUCCAACUGUAGCCACACUGCACCUGCCUCAGCUCCAAACCAAGCAGGGGAAAAGACGAGGUGAGGAGGGAAACAUCCCUCCCAGCAGGAUUUUAGGGCUGAAAUCUUCAGGAGAGGUGGGGAAAAGCCAGCGGGGAAGGAGCUAACGCUGACCAUGUAGCAUUUACACAGCACUUUUCUCAUGCAAAAUCGGUGCCCGGGGGGCGCCAGUGCUCGCAGAGCUGUCGGGAUUUGCUGCUUUGCCUCCCAAAAAGUUGCAGCAGCUCUGGGGAGGGGGGGAAAAAAAGGAGCAAAAUCUGCAUUUUAUGUAGGAUAAGGAAAGGGGGGGUCCAUCAGCGGUACGUGGCUGCAGGACAGGACUCUUGGUACUUCUCUGCCCCUUUUUUUGAUUUGUUUGGUUUUGUACAUUUUUUUUUUCUUAGCAAAGGACUGUAAGAAAAUAGCCACUUAGCCACUUUACCUCUUCAGUAUGCAAAAUGUACAUACGGUGUAAGAUAGGAAAUCUUUUGUUUAAUAUAAAAAAAAAAAAAAACAACCAGGCUGUCGAUUUCUGCUGUACAUUAUUAAAAGUUUGUUUUAUUCA